UAUCGAUAAUGCAAAUGACCUGGGGUCAUGGCAGUCCCUAUAGUACACAUCCUCCCCCUAACAUCCAUCCAAUACAAGCGACACACUCAAAAUACAAACCCUGUGGAUAAUCGGAACCGCGCUACAAAACAACCCAGCUAUUCAGCGCUCAACUCCCCGUAAGUCCUCCUCUGAAUUUGGAUGUGGGUUAUUGGCCGGAUGGCGAUCUUGGUUUAACAUAAAAAAACCUAGAGCACCACCUGGCCUAUAAUCUAAAUUCAAUGCCAAUUCAGUUCGUCCUAACUAACAGUACCUCGACCUCGAUCCCCUUCCCACACUCCUCAAGUACCUCUCCUGCUCAUCAAACUCCACCGAAACCUGCUCAUAAGCCCUAUAUGCGCUUUCUGUGCUCCCGAAACCAAACGCUACUGCUAUGAAACAGAUGGGUGUGGUGGGUGGACGGAGCGUGUUGAAGAUGUGUUUGGAAGAAAUCCGCGUCCACAGAAAAACAAUGUUCCUGCUCAAUAUACUCCUCCCAACCUCCUCCUCUCAACACCACCUUGAAAUCCACACAAAUUCCUAUGCUUCGAUGUUCUCUGAUCUGUCGCUUGUCUCUACAUCUGCUCUCAUGCUCGCUGCAAUUCAGGAGGAGGGCCCCUGUUUUUACUUGAUGCGUUGAUAUCAGCCUUGAUCGAACCUGUCCCAUUUGGUGUUGACAGGGAGGUGGAAAAGGAUGAAGAAUUUCAAGAGAAUGUUGUUAGGAUUUUAUAUACGUUCACAACGAACUGCAACAGAGCUUUUCAUAUGUACAGAAACGCAGUCUUUGGGAAUUCUUGGGAGGGAUUGGAGUGAUGCAAGGGGAAGAAAACGUGAAUUUUAGAUUGACGAGUGGGAG